AUGUUUACCUCCAGCCUCGUCGCUCUCGCCAUUGCUGCCACUUCCGUCCUUGGUGCCAACCACACUGUUCUCGUCGGCCAGAACUCUACCAAGACCUUCACUCCUUCCGAGCUCACUGCGGCUGUUGGUGAUACCGUCGAGUUCCAGUUCGUCGGAGGCAACCACACUGUGACCCAGUCGACCUUUGCCGACCCGUGCACCAACUCGGGUUUCAAGUCUGGCUUUGUGCCAGGUAACGCUGAUAGCCCUGUCAGCUUCACCAUCUCUAUCAACGACACUACUCCUCUCUGGAUGUUCUGCGGUCAGACUGGGCACUGCAAAGCUGGUAUGGUCAUGUCUAUCAACGCUCCCUCCACUGGCAAGACAUUCGCCGCAUUCCAGGCCGCUGCCGUAGGAAACUCUUCCUCUACCGACUCGUCCUCCUCUUCCAACAGCACCGAGACUGCGCCUGCCUCUUCCACCGAGACCAAGAACAAGAACAAGGGCUCCAGCACUGCUUCUGAAACGGCUUCCGGGACUGGUGGCAGCUCAACUGCCUCUGCUGCUGCUGCCUCUGCUUCCUCUGCUGCCGAGCUCCAGCUUGGCAUCCCCAGCGUCUCUGGUCUUCUUAUGGCCAUUGCCGCUCUUGCUGUGGGCACUGUUCUCUGA